AGAACUUUUACUUUUCUCAAUAGAUAAGAUGUUCAGUAUAUUUCACUGCUUGGAUCUUCCCAAUUCUGAAUUUCUGUAUGAUAACUGAGAGUGCUAUUUGCUAAGAGGAUGUAAUAUAUUUUUGUAUGGUGAAUAUCAGUGAGCAGUUGAAAGCAAUCAGAACAAUGGUGAUUUCUCAUUACUUAAAUGGAUCAGCAGAUCAUUGCAAUUGAUUUAAUUUGAUUUGCAUGGAUUAGUUCAGAUCCCUAAGUCCAUUUAUAUGGUAGUAGAAUGGGCACCAACUCUAGUGCUCUGUUAUGUCCUGUAAUGCCAUGGCUAAUACCUGGUUUUGCAUCACGUCAAAAACGCCGUACAGGACGACGCCUAACUAAAGCCUAUUAUGAUAUCACAACGGAUGAUCUAACUGAGCUCAGUGGAUCUGAAAAUGAAAGAUGUUUGCACAAAUAUAGAGAUUAUGAUAAUGAUGAUUGUGAUGGUGAUGACAGGGGUUUAGAGAUAUGUCCUAAUACUCCACAUGAUACCAGCAGACGUGGAAGUCAUGACUGGAACUGGACUCGAUUUGCCCAACAGGAAUUAAAACAAUCCAAACCUCCAUCCCUUAAAACAUCCAAAACUCCUAAGAAGGACACAUCAUCCAAACCUAAAACAAACCUCAAAGUUGAGAACACCAAAGAGAAAUCACCGAGUGAAGAUGAUGAUAUCGCUAUUUUAACCAAAACUGUUCAGAUAUUACAGAGUAGGAAUCCAUCUAUCAGUGAGACUGGGAAAUCUUGUUCUAGUGAUUGCAAGUCGGAUGCUGAUACUGCUGGUGCUAUAUUAGUUGAAUGGAAACUUUGUGGUGCCAGCAGCGACAAGGAAAAAGACAAAACUACUGCCAGACGUGCAGCAUAUGAUUGGCGUAGAAAAGCCAAGAAAUCAUCAUUUGAUAGUGACACCACAAGUGUAAGUGGAAGUGAGCGAUCAUUCAGUGAUUCAUUUGAAUCAACUUCAAGGUCAGCAGCACGUUGGCGACUUAAGGUUGCCCAAACACGUGUUCGUCAACUUAGCAAUGAGAGCUCACAAAGUGUAUCCUGUAACACUCAGAGUUUUGAAAGUGAUCGCAGUGAAACUGAAAGUGCCACAUCUCAACACACUACACAUAGUGCCUCAAGAGCUGCCCAUAUUUGGAGGCAGCGAUCUAGCAGUCAUAAACAUGAAGGUUGUGAGGAGGGAACAUGCAGGGAAUGUACCAUCCUUAAAAGUUUAGAUGUACCUGAUGAUGAUAAUAAUAAUGGAGAAAAUGGUGAUGUCAUAGGGGAACUUCCAAGAGAUAGGUACACAUGGCGUCAUCAGAAUGGUGGCCCCCCUGAACACAAC